GUCCCUCGCCGCGUCCCGUCGCCGCCCCAGCCCUGCGGACCCGAUCCCAACAUGGCGGCGCCCAGCGGGAGGAGGAACGGCGGAGGCGCGAGGUUGUGGGCUGCGUUGUUGCUGGCGGCCGCGGCGUUGAGGCCGGCGGAGGCGGUGUCCGAGCCCACGACGGUGGCGUUUGACGUGCGACCUGGCGGCGUCGUGCACUCCUUUUCCCAGAACGUGGGCCCGGGGGACAAAUACACUUGUGCGUUCACCUAUGCUUCUCAAGGAGGGACCAACGAGAAGUGGCAGAUGAGCCUGGGGACCAGCGAAGACCACCAGCACUUCACCUGCACCAUCUGGAGGCCCCAGGGCAAGUCCUACCUAUACUUUACGCAGUUCAAGGCCGAGGUGCGGGGCGCCGAGAUCGAGUACGGCAUGGCCUAUUCGAAAGCUGCGUUUGAAAGAGAAAGCGACGUCCCCCUGAAAAGCGAGGAAUUUGAAGUGACCAAAACAGCAGACUUUCAGGGCUGGAGGCUUUCCAUGCCGAGUCCCUUUCGGGGACUGCUCCCCUGCCCCGCCCAGGACCCAGAGCGUCUGGAGUGGCGAGGGCCCGACCACGUGCUUCUUCUCUCGCAGUGUCCCACAGGCCCGGGGCGUUCAAGGCCGAGCUGUCCAAGCUGGUGAUUGUGGCCAAGGCAUCCCGCAGUGAGCUGUGACCAGGAGCCCCAUCGGGGGGCGGCUUUUCCUCAUCUCUGCUGAAGGAGCUGGGCCCUGGGAGAGCUGGCUCAUUACGGGUUGUCUAGGGGGGACCGUUGGUUGAUGUGCCCUGGACAUGGAGCAGGGGUCUGAGACCUGCUGCCCGUCUUUACCAAAAGAGGCACUGGGGCACGCGAAGGGGGGGCUCCUGGGGGAAUCACGGCUUUUUUGAAGCCUGUGCGUGCUCCCUGUGGCUCAGGCCGGGCCCCGGAUCACCCCCAGGGAGAGCGAUCCUGCUGCCCUGAGCCGAGCCCGCUGUUUUCUUAAAGUUUUCCCAGGGGACCUUCUUCCAGACUAACUGGGAAGAAAUGAAAUGUUCUUUCAUAUUUAAAUAAAUUAGACCGUUGAAAAGCAA